AUCUACUAAAAUCCGCCCAUUAACAUCAACUAAGCUGUUCAUUAAGUAAAUCAGAUCUGCUAUGGCUUCGUGUACAGUUCCGCUAAAGGUGCCACUAUGCAGAUCCUUAGCAGCACAAGUGACUUCUAGUUGGAAGUAGCAGAUGCCUCGUAGACCAUAAUACACGAAAGUAAGAGCUUCGCUGGCGAGAUUUGAUGCAGCAGAUGCGAAUAAAAGAUGCAUUCGGCGAACACUGCUUUCAGUAUAACUUCUGCUGACAGAAUGACUCUGUUUGUACAUAUUUUGUACGCCGUGUUGAUCUUAUGCGUGUUGGCAGAUGAUCAAUGUUUUGUGAUAACUAAACGUGAUGAAAAUAGUCAAAUUAAUUUUCCGUCAGUUUCGACGACUGUGAUCAAGUAUUUGCCAACUUGGGAUAGUCUAGACAGUCGCCCACUUCCACCUUGGUACGAUGAAGCAAAAUUAGGAAUUUUCAUUCACUGGGGUGUCUUCAGUGUGCCCAGCUUUGGCUCUGAAUGGUUUUGGAGUAAUUGGAAAGAAGAAACUACAAAUACAAAAUAUCGUGACUUUAUGAAAGAAAGAUAUCCCCCCAACUUUACCUAUCAAGACUUUGCACAUGAAUUUACUGCUGAAUUCUUCAAUGCGACCCAGUGGAGUGAAAUAUUCCAAGCAUCAGGUGCAAGAUACGUUGUAUUGACAAGCAAACAUCAUGAAGGAUAUACAUUGUGGCCAUCAAGGUAUUCGUUCAGCUGGAAUGCUAUGGAUGUGGGACCUCGAAAGGAUCUUGUUGGUGAACUGGCACAAGCCAUUAGAAGCAAAACUGACAUAAAAUUUGGCCUUUACCAUUCUAUGUUUGAAUGGUAUAAUCCUCUUUAUCUGGCAGACAAGAAGAAUAAUUUUACAACAGAUACAUUUGUAACUCAAAAGACAAUGCCAGAAUUACAAGAGUUAGUAGAAACAUAUAAGCCAGAGAUAGUGUGGUCUGAUGGUGAUUGGGAAGCAUCUGACUCUUACUGGAAAUCAAAGGAAUUUCUAGCAUGGUUGUAUAAUGAAAGUCCAGUAAAAGAUACAGUGGUGGUGAAUGAUAGAUGGGGUAGUAAUAUGGCAUGCCAUCAUGGUGGUUUUUAUACAUGUACAGAUCGUUUUAACCCUGGUGUACUUCUCGAACACAAAUGGGAGAAUUGUAUGACCAUCGACAAAAUAUCAUGGGGAUUUCGUAGAAACGCCGUUUUUGCAGAAUAUUACACACUGGAGGGAUUAGUGGGAGAAUUGGUAACCACCGUAAGUUGUGGUGGGAACUUGUUAAUGAAUGUUGGACCGACAAAAGAUGGCAUUAUUUCGCCGAUAUUUGAAGAAAGACUACGUGAAAUGGGUGCUUGGUUAACGAUUAACGGAGAGGCUAUUUAUGAUACUAAACCUUGGUCUGUGCAAAAUGAUACCUUAACAGGCACUGUCUGGUACACACAAAGUAAAGAUAACAAACAACUUUAUGCUUCGAUUUUACAAUGGCCAAAUGAUGAUAUAUUGUAUUUGGGGUCACUUAAACCAUCAGAAAAUUCUCAAAUCUAUCUACUUGGUUAUCCGUCGGCUAUCGAUUGGAAACAAACUGAUGAUAAAUUAACAAUACAAUUACCUGCUAAGGCACAUAGAAAUCAGCCAGCUUGGGUAUUGAAAAUCAAUAUAUAAAAGAUGAUAUUUCAUACAAAAACUGGUUUGGUUUUAGAAAAUACUUGUUUACUUUACCAAAAAAUAUAUUUCAUCUAUCACCUUUAUGUUAAUACAUAUGUAAAUUUUUGUGUUGCACGAUUAAAAAAGAAAUAAAACAAUAAAUUGCAUUCUUA